AUGGUACAGGAAGAAGAACAACGUCGUCGUCGUGGCGAAAAAGAUAGCGAGAAGAGUUUCUUCUAUCGUUUCCCGAGGAAGAAAAGGUCGUCUUUGGUUAAGAGAAGAUACACACAACAAAACCCUAAUGGGACUUCUAGAAUGUUUUCUUCUCCAUCGCUCGAUGAUGAUCACGAGAAGACAAUUACACAAAACCCUAGUUUUUUUGAUGAGCUUGUGGUGUAUGAUGCAGAGCUACAACAUGCAAAGAAGGGGAAAUCUAAGAUCGUCUGUGAAGGUUAUGACUACCGCGGAGAGAGUGAUGAUGCGACGAGACUCUUUGAGAAGAAACUGUCUGAGAAGACAGAGACGAACGACCCUAGUUCCGAACCAUGCCUAAAGGAGAACACAACAAGCCGCAAGAGGCGUGCCGUGCAACAGAGGAAGAGUGGUGGUAGUUUCAAGAAAGCAAAGGUUGCAACUUUCCCAAGGAGGACGGAUGCAGAGGCACCAGAGUGGAUUUUUCAGGUGAUGAGGAGAAUGAGAGCUGAUGCAGCAAACCCGUUGCUAAUCUUUGAGAAGGGUCUAAAAGCGAGUGAUGUGAAAUCAGGCCAGAGUCGUCUCUUAAUCCCAUUCCAGCAGCUCAUCAGGAACGACUUCUUGACGCCAGGGGAGUAUCGAGCAAUAGACAAAGACGAAUACAACGAAAACGACGAUGAGAAUAUUGGUGUUGGAGCGAUUUUUGUAAACCAAAGAUGUGAAAUGUGGGGUGUGCGUUUUAAGAUAUGGGCGAUGGAGAAAGACAGUGGACACGGGACCUUGAAUUACGCUUUGAACUGGGGGUGGAACGAUGUCGUCAAGGGUAACCACUUAAAAGAGGACGACAAGAUCAGUCUUUGGACUUUCAGGUGCCGUGGAGUACUCUGCUUUGCUCUUGAGACAUACUAA